UUUAAAUUUGUUUAGUAAACUAAAACACACAGAUAAAUUAAUAACAUGGAUUUUGUACACGAAUCGGUAGCACUAGGAGUAGAUCUGCUCAUUCUGGGACUGUGCGUGCGUGAAUAUGUGAAUCUGAAGCGGACCGCAGUCGUGCUCAAGUCGGCGCCACAAUACAAUAUAGAUGCAGAAUUGAAGACUAUUGUAGAGAAACAACGGGACAAGAAAAUACCCUAUGCAGUUAUUCGGGGUACUGUCACGCCAAUUGGCGUGCCACUGCGUAGUGCCCUCGUGCCCAGCGUCAGUGGCGUACUUCAAGUAGUCAAGCUGAAUGAGCAUCGCAUAACACGCGGCUUUGCCGGCUUCUGGACAGAGCACCAUAAGCUGAUACAUGAAUCGGCCAAUGACAUGCCCUUCGAAUUGCGCAAUCAGGACUAUGCCGUCGAAAUAGUCGAUGCGCUGAGCGCUGCCGUGCUAGACACUGAUGUGGUUUACGACAACUACGAGCCCUCAUCGCUGUCGUUUUUCGAUCACGUCUUUGGCUUCUUUACGGGCGUGCGACAGAAGGGUCUGCAAACCACAGAACAAGUGCUGCGUGAUGGCAGUUUUAUAACGGCCAUUGGCGAACUGGAAGUAGAUGGUCAGAGUCUACGCAUGCAGCCCUCGAAAACUGGGCCGCUAUUCCUUACCACUGCCACAAAAUCGACGCUAAUCAAGCGCUUUGAAGAUGCCAAAUCGUCAUUACUAUUUAAAAUCGUUGUCUGCAGCACUGUAUCCGUAAUUAUAAUGGGUCUUAUAGCUCGCAAACUCUAUCGCAAGAAGAAACAAUUGCGUGAGGAAGCAAAAAUUCGCAAUCGACUAGAUACGGAGAGAAGGGAGAGACGCGCUCGAAAUCGCCCACACGUCUUGUCACAAGAUCAAUUGUGCGUUGUCUGCUCUACGAAUCCUAAGGAGAUAAUAUUGCUGCCUUGUGGACAUGUGUGUCUCUGCGAGGACUGCGCCACAAAAAUCGAGGUAACAUGCCCUGUUUGUCGAGCCAAAAUCGAAUCUAAAGCAGCUGCCUUUAUCGCAUAAAAGCAAAUCAAGAAAUUAUCUGACGAUUGAGAGCACGUUGGUGUACCUGUGUAUAUAUUUAUUAAAUCAUUUCGUGUGUUUA